CCCGCCCCCCCGCCUCGGGAAAAACGUCCUCCGGCGUCCGCGCCGCACUUCUCCCCUGGCCGAGCCCGCCGCUGGUCGCCCGGCGCAGAAGCCGCCGAGAAUGGCAGCUCCCGAGGAGCCGCUGCCCUGACAGACGCCGGGCGAGCGCACGGUCGGCCGCGCCGUGCCCUCCCGCGGACUUUGCGACGGUGCCGUAAGGUAGCGCCUCGCGACGUCGCGACUCUGCCGUGCGGCGCGAGAGUCGGCGGAGGGCAGCUAUGGCGGCCCGGCGGCCGGCGAGGAGCCUCGUCGUCACCGCUCUCUGCCGCGCCUUCUCGGGCCGCGGCUGUCAGCUCGCCCCCGAGCGCGGCGCCGAGCGCAGGGAUGCGGCGCCGAGCCGGGUCUCAAGAUUCUGCCCUCCAAGAAAAUCUCACCAUGAUUGGAUAGGACCUCCGGAUAAAUAUUCAAACCUUCGACCGAUUCACUUUUACAUCCCUGAAAAUGAGUCACCAUUGGAACAAAAGCUAAGAGAAUUGAGACAAGAAACACAAGAAUGGAACCAACAGUUCUGGGCAGACCAGAAUCUGACUUUUCAUAAGGAAAAAGAAGAAUUUGUUCGCUCAAGACUCAAAGCCAAAGGCCUGGAUCUGAGAGCUGCAUCAGGUCAGAAAGCGACGCUGAAUGCAGAAGAAAUGGCUGACUUUUACAAGGAAUUUUUAAGUAAAAAUUUCCAGAAGCACAUGUAUUAUAACAGGGACUGGUACAAGCGUAACUUUGCCAUCACCUUCUUCAUGGGAAAAGUGGCCCUGGAGAGGAUUUGGAACAAGCUUAGACCAAAACAAAAGACGACCAGCAGUUAGGAGCCCACCCUCACCCAUCCAGCCGGUUCCUCGUCUGAGGUUCCUCGAGAAGCAGCUGCCUCUGGGACUCGUUUCACAAGGGUGCUGAAACCUGUGAGCACAGGGCAGGCUGGAGGACGCGGGUCCUGGUACUGACUCUGAGGCCCACGUGGCUCUGUCCUGACUGCGAAUUCGACACUGGCUCUUGGCCACUGAGGUGAUAGCAAAUAAAACGCAAGCACUGUCUUCUGAGUUUUUGAA